UAGGAUAAAAAGCAGAGCCUUGGUGUUGUUUGAACUGGAGCGAGAUUUGGGACACUCCGCUGGAAAGCUUUUCACUGCUGCAGAAACAUGGUUAAAGCAAAGGUCUGGGUCCUGCGGAAGCAUUUCGAUGGCUUUCCAAAGGAGAGUGACUUUGAGAUGAAAGAGGAGACCCUACCUGAGGUCAAGGAUGGAGAGGUUCUACUAGAAGCUGUCUUCCUCAGUCUUGAUCCAUAUAUGAGAGCCAUGAGUCGGUUGCUAAUGAAAGAAGGGGAUGUACAGUUUGGAGGUCAGGUGGCCAAGGUGCUUCAAAGUAAAGACCCAGCAUUUCCUGUGGGCUGUUAUGUAACUGCUCCCUGUGGCUGGAGGACACACACAGUGACCAAUGGAAAAGCCAUAUUUAGCCAAGACAUGGCCCGAGUCCUUCCUGAUUGGCCUAAAGAGAUUCCUCUUUCCCUGGCUGUUGGUGCACUAGGGAUGCCUGGUUUGACUGCUCUGUAUGGUCUGGAGGAGGUGCUGCGGGCGAAGCCGGGUGAGAUUGUGCUGGUGAGCGCGGCCGCAGGUGCAGUGGGCACUAUGGUGGGACAGAUCUGUAAGAUUAAAGGCUGUAAGGUGGUGGGAUCAGCUGGGAGUGAUGAUAAAGUGGCCUAUCUGAAGGAACUGGGCUUCGACCAUGCUUUCAACUACAAGACUAUACCAUCUCUGGAUGAAGCACUGAAGAAGGCCUCACCUGAGGGAUACGACUGCUACUUUGAGAACGUUGGAGGGCCUUUCUUCACUGCAGCACUGAAUCAGAUGAGACCUGAUGGACGGAUUGCUGUGUGUGGUGCAAUUUCACUGUACAAUGCCACCACACCUCAGACAUGUCCUUAUCCCCACAUGACCAUUCUAACUCGCCGUCUAAGAAUCGAGGGCUUUCAGGCCAAUCAGUGGCCCGACAAAGACGAGGCGUCUAUCAGAAGACUGGUCACAUGGAUGAAGGAGGGGAAGUUGAAGGCGAAGGAAAAAAUCACUGAGGGCUUUGAGAACACGCCAGCCGCCUUCAUCCGGAUGCUGAAAGGGACGGACCUUGGAAAAGCUGUUGUUAAAGUGUGAUAUGAUUUUUUUGUGUAUAGGCCAGUCACAUGUAGCACAUCUCCGUGUGCCUGUUUUCUGUUUACACUCUGUAACAAUUUUACUUGCAAGUAAACUUAUGAUGUAUGAAA